GGGCGGGUGCUCCGCCCUCUGGCUCUGCGGUCUGGGGGGUGGGGGGGGCAUGUAUUUGUUUUGAUCCCUCCCAGCUGCCGGAGAGGUGCGUUUGUUUGCGUCGGAAUUUGGGAUCUGAACGGACUUUUGUGCGUGGUUUUUGCGGCCGACAUUAGUUGCCUGACUGAGCUUUAAUGGAGCCUGGGGUCGACGGCGAGGUGGUUGCUAUGGCCCUCCUGUGGUGACUAUGUGUGUGCAGAUAAGAUAAUGAAGAAAUAAAGAUGGCAUUUAAUUCAGAGUCAACCGCCAGCCCCAGUGUGACAGUGAAUUCCAAUUCAACCAAGGAGUACUGCUACAGUGCUCGGAUAACAAGUACUGUGCUACAAGGCUUACCCUUUGGAGGUGUUCCUACUGUGCUUGCACUAGACUUUAUGUGCUUUUUGGCACUCUUGUUUGCGUUCUCUGUUCUACGGAAACUGGCCUGGGAUUAUGGGCGUCUUGCACUGGUUUCGGAUGCUGACAGAAAGAGACAUGGAAAACAUCGAGCAGAAGAGCGGGAAUAUGUGGCCUCGGCUCUGCAUUCGGAGAACCAUGACAGAUACGAACGUCUGACCUCAGUGUCGAGCUCGGUUGACUAUGAUCAGAGGGACAAUGGCUUCUGUUCAUGGUUGACUGCUAUAUUUAGAAUAAAAGAUGAAGAGAUCAGAGAGAAGUGUGGCGAGGAUGCCGUCCAUUACUUAUCCUUUCAGCGUCACAUCGUUGGGCUGCUGGUGGUCAUUGGUAUUCUCUCUGUGGGUAUAAUCUUGCCUGUGAACUUCUCAGGAGAUCUGCUCGAAAAUAAUCCAUACAGCUUUGGCCGGACAACUAUAGCAAACCUGAAUUCUAGGAAUAAUUUGCUCUGGCUCCAUACCGUCUUCUCUUUUCUGUAUCUGCUUCUCACUGUCUAUAGCAUGAGGCGACACACUUCAAAAAUGCACUACAAAGAGGAUGAUUUGGUAAAACGCACUUUAUUUAUAAAUGGAUUAUCAAAAUAUGCUGAACCUGAGAAAAUAAAACAACAUUUUCAGGAAGCUUACCCAAACUGUCCAGUUUAUGAAGUCCGUCUCUGUUAUAAUGUGGCAAGGCUAAUGCGUCUCAAUGCAGACCGGAGAAAAGCUAAGCGUAGCAGAGUGUACUAUUCUAAAGAGGAAACACCAGUCAUGAUUAAUCCCAAGCCCUGUGGACAACUGUGCUGUUGUGUUGUCAAAGGCUGCGAGCAGGAAAAUGCAGUGGAAUAUUACACCAAAUUGGAACAGAAACUUAAUGAGGAAUACACAAAAGAGAGGGGAAAAGUGUAUGAGAAACCACUUGGCAUGGCUUUUGUAACAUUCCAUGAUGAAGCAGCAGCAGCUCGAGUUCUCAGAGACUUCAAUGCCUGUAAGUGUCAGGGCUGCUUAUUCAGGGGAGAGCCACAACAGUCUUCAAACAGUGAGUUUCUUCAUGUUUCAAGCUGGACUGUGAGCUAUGCCCCUGAUCCCCACAACAUUUACUGGGAACACUUGUCAUUGAGGGGAAUUUCAUGGUGGCUACGCUGCUUCAUCAUCAACUGUGUCCUUUUCAUUCUACUCUUCUUCUUGACCACCCCGGCCAUUAUCAUCACAACGAUGGACAAGUUCAAUGUUACAAAACCUGUUGAAUAUUUAAACAACCCCAUUAUAACACAGUUUUUCCCAACACUCCUGCUGUGGUGUUUCUCAGCUCUUCUCCCAACCAUAGUUUACUACUCAGGAUUUUUUGAAGCACAUUGGACAAGGUCAGGGGAAAAUCGAACAACAAUGCACAAAUGCUACACUUUCCUUAUCUUUAUGGUCUUAAUUCUGCCGUCACUGGGUCUCAGCAGUCUGGAUCUGUUUUUCCGUUGGCUGUUUGACAAAAAGUUCCUGGAAGAAGCCACUGUACGAUUUGAGUGUGUCUUUCUCCCUGAUAACGGUGCUUUUUUUGUGAACUAUGUGAUUGCUUCAGCCUUCAUUGGAAACGCCAUGGACCUGCUACGCAUCCCAGGCCUGCUGAUGUACAUGAUCCGUCUCUCUUUGGCCAAAUCGGCAGCAGAGAGGAAAAAUGUCAAACGUCAUCAAGCAUACGAGUUCCAGUUUGGAGCAGCUUAUGGGUGGAUGAUGUGUGUCUUCACUGUUGUUAUGACCUACAGCAUCACGUGUCCCAUUAUCGUUCCAUUUGGUUUAAUGUACAUGCUUUUGAAACAUUUGGUGGAUCGUUACAAUCUGUACUAUGCUUACCUGCCUGCUAAACUGGAUAAGAAGAUCCACUCCGGUGCAGUGAAUCAGGUGGUGGCGGCUCCCAUUCUCUGCCUGCUAUGUCUACUUUUCUUCUCCACUGUAAGAACAGGAUUCUUGGCUGCUACGUCCAUGUUUACAUUUGUUGUGCUGGUGGUCACUAUCGUUAUCUGCCUCUCUCAUGUCUGUUUUGGCCAUUUCAAAUAUCUCAGUGCUCAUAACUAUAAGCAAACCUCCACUCGAGGAGAUGCAAUAAGUACCGAGGAUGAAUCCUGUUACAGGACACUGAUUGAUCGUAGUGAAGUGGAUGGGACUGCUGAAGCAAACGGGCAACGGGACGGCACUUCAUCCUCACCAAAGGUUACAAGAUACAUUGCCCAGGUAUUGCAGGAUCCUCAGUCAGAGGCCACGGGAGAUGAUAACGAACAGAAGGACACCAAGGAAGUGAUUAAUGAAGGAGAGUUCCAGUCCUGUGAAGACAGUCUUAUUGAAAAUGAAGUUCAUCAUUAGCGGAAAAUCAAGAGGAGCCUUUUUUAAAAAAACAAACAUAAGUGCACAAUUUAGGACCAGAGACCAGGGCACCACAGGUUCAGUGAAACUCCAGACUGAAAUUAAUCGUCCUGGGUACUGUGUAGCCUAUACCAAUACAAUACAAAUUGCUAAACUUGUAUUUGUUCUGCUGAUGGGAGGAACACUACAGAACUGGAAUGUAAAUGGGUGAAGCUGGAAGGAGAGAAAAUAGCUAAUCAUUUUACCUGUUUGACCAAAUGUAUGCCGUCAUGUCCAUUUAUAUUAGUUGCAUCUUUAACAUUAGUCCAAGAAAACAAUGCUGCCACCAGAAUGGGAAAUGAGCAAUUGAGCCUGGUUACAUAAGCACGUGUAUUGCUGCUGGGUAGGGAUGUGUGUGUGUGUGAGAGAGAGAUCAAGAAAGAGAAAAGUGGACAUUGUAUGUUUUUUUAAUCCUUCAUGAUGAAAAAGAAUCAUUAUUCAAAAAUUCCUGGGGGAAAAAAAUUAGCACACCUUUCCUAUUCAUUCAAAUCGUGAAGAAAUAAGUAUGUUAACAUUGUACAGAUAUUUGUAAGUAUGUGUUUAAACUUAGAGUUUAAAGAAAAGUAGUCCAGUGUUUUUUGUUGCUGUUUCCCCAGCAAAUUUAAAAGUUUUCAGUGCCGGUGUGAUUGUUUCUUAGCUACAUAGAAGAGUGGAAAUACAGCAAGUUCAUGGUUCUGACUGUGCUUGGUGUUUCCUAUACUUAAGAAUGCAAUCACAGACAAAUUCAGUUAUCGUACAUCUGAAAACAAUUGUAAAGUUGGAUAAGCACGAAAAAGAGAGUACCACAGGCUGGAAAGAAAAUGACCAGCAUUAGUUCCAUUUAGUCAACCAGCUGGGCUGAGCUGGAAUUUGCCCAGAGAAUCACGGGGCUAUACCUCAAUAUUUCCCCUCUUCUCUGGAGGUUUUGCCCAUGUGCAGUGAGUACUGUUGGUUAAGAGUUGAACACAUUUAUCAUGAAUACCUUUCAUGUUCAAGAGGCAGAUGAUCUUUGGGGACAGAAUAGGAUAGUUAAAUAUUCUUAUUUACCUUGGUGUUCAAAUGGUGAAACAAUUGAAGAACCCGAAAGAUUCUUAAAAAGAGAAGAUGUAGCAAAUCUGUACAUGCCACCUUUUAUAGUCAUUGCUUUUGGAGAAGAGGUAGCUGGAUAAUUAAUUGAAAUAAUCAUGCAUUAAACUUGUGGAACUUGUAGAUGUAUUGCACAAGGACAAGGUGAAGACCCAGUAUGUCUUUUUUUUUAUUGUUUCCCCGCCCACACCUUUCUUCCAUAUUGGAUGUAAAAAGUGGUCACAUCAUCCAAAAAUCCUUAAAGACGCUGUUAGACUUCAGUUUAUUAAAAAUAUAACCAGCAGCACUACCUGGAUUGAAUCACUGCAUGUUAAGGUUCAGCUGUAGCUGGUCUUGGGAAAGGUGAUAGAAGACACCCUUACUAAUAGUGAAAGGAUUACUAAGUUGGAAUCACAAUUAUUAAUAGUUAUGGUAUAAGUUGCAGCUAAAGAGCAGUCAGAAUUGAUAUAGAAUGUCUGACUUCCUUUUCUCUCCUUAAUGAUUGCAUUGUAAAUGCAAUAAAAAGACCCUAAUGCAGUGAUUUUUAGAAUCUUCCUACACAUCAACUAGCCAGGAAUUGUAUCACCCAUUUUGAUAUGGUAAUGUUUUAUUGAAGUCUUAAUUUGCUGACACUAUUAAGAAUUUUCUUUCCUUCAACAGAUGGUGGGGAGGGAGAGAAAGUAAAAACAUAUUUAGUAUGUCUGGCUGUGAUUUAUCACAUUGGAAAAUGAAGCAUUCCUUUAUUCACAAUUAUUCUACUUUUCUGUUAAAACUUCAUUUGCAAUUUGGACUUGAAGGAAGUAGAUAUUGUUGGACUAAGUUUGCAUUCUUGAAUGUAUAAUUAGUCUUUGGCACACAGGGUCUUAGGUUUGUGAAUAGAAAAUUAAACUCGUUUCUCCAUUGCACUUGUACAGUUUUCAGUCUGUUUGGGGUCAAAGAUUGGUAGUUUGCUUUCAGAAAGCUGAAGAAACUGUGUGUUAUGCAAUGUUUGGUGUUAGUUUCAGACUUGCUGCCUCUUUAUUGAUGACCAAAAUGCAGUAGCUGUGUGGAUAACUUGAAUGGUGUGUUGCAUUGUUUUAGUGGAAUCCUAAUUAAAUACAGAACCCAUUUUGCCAAGGCACCUCACACUUUAGGACGUCUGUGCACCCUAGAUAAGAAAAUGGCACUGAGUAACAAUGACUGGGAACUAUUGGACUGUCAAAGGCUAUUUUGCCAUCUAUGUAACUGGUUCUAGGGGAAAUUGGCAUUCUACUUAUUACAGCAAAGCAAUGUUCUUUCAAAUAUAGCACAGCACACAAUAAGUUCAAUAUAAUGGGAAUUAUUAGGGAAGGGUUUGCUCCAUUACAGCCUUGUGUAGGUGUCUAACCAGAGUUCUACCCACUGAAUUUAUCGAGCAACUUUAACACUGACCAGCGUACCUUUUCUUCCCCCAAAAAUUAUUACUCUUGAGUUUUGGAUUCGGUAUCAUUUGGGAUUAGCAUCUGAAAAUCAUUGAUGGGAACAACAUUACUGCUGUUAACUUUUAUUAAUAUAAAAUUAAUAUAGAAAUUAAUAUAAAUGCUAUUAACUUCUGAUACUUGUGAGGUUUCACACUUGUUGAUAAAUAAGAGUGCAACAUGAGUUCUUUACUGUGUGUUUGAAUCGUGCUUGGAUGGGGUUACAUGUAUAUAGCUGAAUGUACUAAAGUGCAAAUAUUGUGUAUAUAUAAUCAAUAUAGAUCAGCAAAUUACUUCACAUCUGUCCUGUAGUAUGUGGUGAUGUAGUAGUCAUAAAUUAUUAAUAGAUAUUAUUGUUUGAAGUGCUCUAUCAAUAGUCAUCUGCAUAAAAAUGUGGAAAUUCGUCUAAGAGCAUCUGCCUUCUACAUGCAUUGUUCCUUGGGCAUUGAACUCUCAAAGAGACAGAAUUUAAACCUAAAUCUCCAAUCAGUUCCCAUUAGGUAGAUAGAAUUGGCUUGGAACAACUGAGCUAGGCUGGAAAUGAAGUGGGCAAGGAAUGGUGUUGAUGUGAACUCAAGAAACCUGGCUGAUGCUAAUAUUGGGAACGAUGUCACUGUGAGAUUCAGGUAAUUAAAAUGAGCUUGAUCGACCUUUUAAUUAAUCCAUAUAAUGCCUGACUUGAAAUGCUUAAUCUGGGUACAAAACAAUCAUCCACAACUUUAAAAGUGUAUAAACAAUUACAGCAUACUGGAAAUUUAUUGUUGUUUGAUUUCCAUUUCAAAUUAUCACAUAGUAUGUUAUUUUCAAUGUAAGGAACUUGUAUUUCAUUUUGACUUUUCUGUAGACGGUGUUGCCCUUUCAUGUCGAGGGAACUGAACUGAAUGCCACUUGUCCUUAGUGAAUGAAGUUAAUGCUGAUUGUAAAGCACAAAAAGAAUGGCUGUAAUUGAUUCCUUUAUUGUGAUCUGUUCUUGACUACAUCACAAAUCCCAUUUAGUUUACAGUGUUUUCAUUCCAAUGCAUAAACGUGAUUAUCAUAAUUCAACAUUUAAAAUACUAGAGGGAUACUUAUUGAACACUUGUUAUACAGCCAAGGAAGCUUUUAGAAUAGUAUGGGGUCAAACAGAUAUCAUGUGAUUCAGUGGGCACUCACUGGGAGUUUGGAAUUCAUAAAAGCUUCUAUUGAAAAUACACCAAUAUACUCAUAUUACCCCAGUAAAAUUCCUUGGAAUUAUUCUGAUUGAUAUGAAAAGUGUUGUUUGAGAGUUGCUGCACCCUGUAAUUUUGUGUUUCUGGGGUGAGCUUAAGGUCAUAUUUUAUCAAGCUCACGUGAAAUACUAGGAAAUUUCCCUUGUUCAUCAAGUAAGACACAAUUUACCUGUAGUGUCAAUUCUUAUUUGUAGUCUGUUCUCUUACCCCCAUUUUAUAUUUCGUUACUAACGCACUCUUCCUAAUGAAUCUUUAGAAAGUGUAACUAUUAUCUCAGGUCAGAGCAUUCUCAUUCAAAGACUUGCUGUGAAAUGAUGUAAAGAGACUGUCCAGUUAUUUAUUUAUUGAGCUACAGAUGUGGAGUAGGUCUUCCAGCCCUUCGAACCGCGCUACCAGCAAUCCCCCCCCCCCCGACUUAACCCUAGCCUCAUCACGUUACAAUUUAAAAUGACCAAUGAACCUACCAAUCGGUACAUCUCUGGACUGUACGGGGAAACCAGAGCACCUAGAUGAAGUCCACAUGAUCACAAGGAGAACGUACAAAUUCCUUAAAGGCAGUGGCCGGAAUUGAAACCGGGUUGCCUUUACUGUAAAGCAUUGUGCUAACCACUACACUACCAUGCCGAUGUGGAUCUCUAUUUCAAUUCAUCAGUUGUUGAUAAAUUUGAUAACUUUUGCUUUGAUGUUUGAUUUUACUAUUUGCUGUUAAUUUUCUUACCCAGUUCCAUUCCCUCGCCCCAGCCUGCUCCUCUCUUCUGCAACUGCUUCAGAGCAAAGGUGCAUUGACCAUAAGACAUAGGAGCAGAAUUAGGCGAUUUGGCUGAUCAAGAUUCUCUGGCAUUUCAUCAUGCUGAUCCAUUUCCUGGUCAGCCCCAAUCUCCUGCCUUCUCCCCAUAUCCCUUCAUGGCCUGACUAAUCAGGAAUCUAUCAGCCUCUGCCUUAAUGUACCCAAUAACUUGGCCCCUAUAGCCAACUGUGGCAAUGAAGUCCAUACACUCACCGCUCUCCAGCUAAAGAAAUUCUUCCUCAUUUUCAUUCUAAAAGGAUACCCUUCUACUGAGGCUGUGUCCUCUGGUCUUAAAUUCUCCCACUGUAGGAAGCAUCCUCUCCACAUCCGCUCUAUCGAGGCCUUUCAACAUUCAAUACGUUUCAAUGAGGUCACCUCUCAUUCUUCUGAAUUCCAGUGAGUAGAGGCCCAUAUCCAUCAAUCGGUCCUCAUAUGGUAACCCUCUCAUUCCCAGAAUCAUUCUCGUGAACCUCCUCUGAAGCUUGUCCAAUGUCAGCACGUCCUUCCUUUGGUUCAAGGGAUCCAAAACUGUUCACAAUACUCAAAGUGAGACAACACCAGCUUUCAAGCUCAGCUUUGAUAACCUGUCAAAAGAGAUCCUCCAGGCAGCCAAAUCCAGAAUAUGUUAAGCUGGUAGCUGUUCAUAUAGUAGUUAAUGGGACAAAGUGACAGUGAUUAAAGGCCAUUUGUUUGUUACCUAAACUGUCCCGCCAUGCUUGUCUCUCUGUCUCUCUCUCCCCCCCCCCCCGCCCCCUCUCAUUGCUUACCAGUAUCUCUCCGUGCUGUUAAUAAAAUCUAGGUAAAUAAUUUCAGGCACUGAGAUUAAAUUGUAUACUUAAAAGAAAUCUUAAGUAGUGCAGAAAUUGAGUAUUAGGGCAGGAUAGUGGAAAUGUUGUUGCAAGGGUUAUCCAGUUACAGUCACUUAGAGCACCAUGGGGCAAUUUCACACUUGCCAUGUGUUUUUCAUCUAUCUGGUGAAUCCAACUUGGGCUGGUAACAAGGCAAUGUUUUGAGUCCCUUGAACAAAGAACAAAGCCGGCCCAUAUAAUGUACUAAUUAGAUUAUUUCAAAAAAUAGCUGGUCAUCAUUCUAAACUAUUUGAUCUAUGAAUAGUGGCUGGAUUUAAGGGGGGGGGGGGCCUGUUCCUGAAUGAUUACACUUGCUGCAGUUAGCACCAAGUGACUAGUUGUCAUAUCAAGGCUCCAGUUGUAGUCAAGACAAGGAAGUAGUUGUGUAUCAGCCUCCUCUUUAAAACCAUAGCUUUAAGGUGUUGGUUACAAAUAAAUCAUUGGCGACCAGCCAUUAUGGCUAGAAUUCCGAAAGGCUGAUGAAUAGCAUUUAAUGUAAUUUAUUAUGUAUGUAUCAUAUUAGUAGAUUUGAUUGUUGUAUUUUUGUUGCCUCGUACCCAUUGGAGAUACAACCUCAAACAGCUGAAUGUCCAUUUUGGAGAUGGACGUCCUAAUGGACUAAGGAACUCCAACUCUGAUCUCGUUAGUUCAAGCAUUUCCUUCCCACUCAUCCCUGUCAAGUUACUCUUUGAUCUGUUGAUUAUUUUGAAGGAGGUUGCUGUCAGGUAGGAAAAGACAGUAACAAAAUAUAUUAAUAUGGAAUCUUGCAACAGCAAUGUGAAAUCAAAGUGACAGAAACCAGUGAUUGUGUAGGAAAUUAGUAUGAUCAAGUGUAUAAAACGUGGCUAAUGUGAUUAAAUUGCAUUUUUCUCAAGAAGCAGUGAAAAUUUGCACGUUAAAUCUUUAUCCAAGAUACCACUGAUUGUGAAAUCUUGAUAUUCAGAUGGUUUAGAAUGCAAAACAUACCAAUUUUUGACCAACUCCCUUUGAAUUACUGUUAUGUAAAGAUGAAAGUAAAUCAUCAGCAUUUCCUAUCAGAGUCACUGUGAAGGCAAGUUUACAUAAUAUUUUCUGUAAUUGCAUGUAAAUUAUUUGCCAGAGAUGGUUUCUAAUAAAAGGACUAACUCUGUAUCUUGUUGCAUGUCUUCCUGAAACAUGGAAGAGAGAAAAUAUGAAUUUGAUAUUCCUCUUCUAUCCCUGCUGUAUUCUUUAUAAUGUGGAUGUAUGUGUAAGUGUGUACAUAUCCUACUAGCAGUUGUCAAUAUAUAUUACCUGUUCUUUUUAACUAGGGUUUUGCAGAAUCUGAUGCAGUAAAUCUGAACUAUAGCAGACACAGUUGUGCUUUCAUUGCUUAAUGCAGUGUCUUUAGAUUUGGUUGUGUCGCUUUACAGAUCUAAUGAUUGCUGACUCCUUGUGCUUUAGAUGAGUAGCAUCGCUUUUUUCGUGCUGUCAUCUCAAUGUUGUAAUACUGGGUCACAUUCGUGUGCCUUUAUAAAUAUUUGCAGAUUAGCAGAUUGUUGCUCACAGUUACCAACUACAACCAGUCUGUAGAGUUGGAUGUUGGAGAGAGUUGUGGAAGGCGGUGUGGUUUGUUAUUUCCACUUGCACAAGGACUCAUUGGGAAAACAACUAGUUCAUCAGGCUAGACUAUUUCCUAGCUCAGCACACAAACAGGCCCUCCAGCCCGUCUAGUCUGCCGAACCAUUAAUUUACUUAGUUCCAUUGACCUGCAUCCGGACCAUAGUCCUCCGUACCCCUCCCAUCCACUUAUCUAUCUAAAUUCCUCCUAAAUGUUGAAAUCAAGCCUGCAUCCACUGCUUGCACUGGUGGCUUAUUCCAGACUCUCACCACCCUCUAAGUGAAGCAGUUUCCCCUCGUACUCCCCAUAAAUAUUUCACCUUUCAACCUUACCCCAUGACUCUAGUUGUAGUCUCACCCAACCAAAGUGGAAAAAGCCUGCUUGCAUUUACACUCUCUGUACCAUAGCGGCAAAUAUAAGAUGUGUGGUUGAUACACCUGCUCAUAUUCAUUAUGAGCUAUGCCAAGGAGAUUCCUUGGGUGGUCUCCAGGCACAAGAGGAAAAGUAUACCAUCAUGCCUAUUCCAAGGUCUCCAUCAAUAUUCCCAAAUUGUGUAUGUGUACUGACCCAUGGAUCUGCAAGCUUUCCCCUUGUGUUGCAUGUGCACUUGCAUUGCAUUGCUAGUUUGAGGUAUGUUAUCUGUUUGCUUGGCCUACCUGUCAUUGUGCCUCUUCUCCAAGGCUUGUAAGUUCUUUGUGUGUUGGAUGGGCUACCAACUCCAGGGUAGAUGAUGUGCAAUAUUUCUGCAUUUGGUUCAGGGCUGGUUGACAGAUGACUAAUGAUCAUCCACUGAUUUUUCUGUGCCCCCAGAAACUAUUUCUCACUGUAUAUAUCACACUGUUAUAUGAGCUGCAGACUGUUCUCACAGGAUGAUUGGAAUUCAUCUCCACAUGUAGUAUUGCAGAGAGGACCAAAAGAGGAAGUAACUAAAUCCUACCAUUGGGGUGCAUUGUCAAGGUGAAAAAAAAUGAACAUUCUUCCAACUCCUUGUGUGUUACAAGAACUGAAUUACUGAUAAAUCAGUUGGCUUGGUCUGUGGCCGAGACACACCAAAUGGAAUGAAUAUUGGUUGCAGUCUAAACUGCUAGCAAUGUAAGUUAGUGGUAAAGAGCAUCUUUUGUUUGCCUAUUGCCAUUGUCAAAUAAUAUUCAUUCUAACAGUCCACAACAGUCAGCUCUUUGCAUUUACAAUUCAAGCUGUAACUAUACUAGAGCAAUAGUCUAUAGCUUAAUGUUUAUAACAUAAUUUAGUAUAUUAAGCAAUGUGUACCAAUCAGUUCUUGUAGUGUCAUACUGCUACAUUUUCCACUUCUCUCAAAUUUACUAGUUUUAGAAUUUUCAUAUGUUGUUCCUCAAGGAUAAUUUUAGGAUGGCAGUUUUGAUGAUAAGCUACUGACUUGCUCUGUCUUCUUGAAAGAGUUGCCAAUUAUAAUAAAUUCCUUGCAGUUUUUAGCUACUUGAAAAUUUGAGAUUUGUACCAGCUUGUAAAUUCAGCUCAUCAGAUUAGGGCCAGUGUUUAUGAUUUUUAUCAACUUGCACAUGGAGUAUAACAGACAUGUUGGACCUUUCUCCAUAUAUAACAGAUAUGCACUGCAAAAGAAUUAAAGUAUGAAUUUCAAAGAAUUACAAUCAGGGGACAGUUAAACUUAGCCUCUACAUUGAUCAAAAUUUUUCUGGUGUAUCAGAUUUCCAAUUUUGGCACUGGCUCACUGCUGCUUAAUCAUCUGUGGAAUUUGCAAAAUGUUUAAAGAUGUUCAAUAAACAACAUUGUACAAUCAUGGACUAAACAUUUGAUUUCUAUGCCUGGGUCUGCCCACAGAUCAUGACUGAUUUUUAAGGUAG